CUUUCCCUGCAGAUAGCCAGGAUUAUGCCCAACACUCCAACGUGGCCGAAGUAUGAAACCAGACCAACCAAACAAAUCUUCGGCUUUAAAAUGAAGUUGCGCCAAAAUCAGCACCGAGAGCAUCUCAUUUGUUUGGUUCACUCCACGAUCCCUUCUUGUCUCUUUCUUCCUUCCUUCCCUCUUUUCUGCCUUCUCUGUUCUCUCCUCCAUCACCCGCCUCUCAGAAACAUGUCUUCCCUCUCCACCUUCUUCUCACCACCACCUCAUCAAAUUUUCCACUCAACCCCACCUUCAUCACUCCAUUGCCCAAUAACACCGUCACCGUCUUCAACCAAGAUCAGAGCUAGCACCUCCCACAGUAGCACCAGUAAGUUCGGUAAUUUCCUUCACUUACAGCCUCUGCACAAAACCCAAACCUUGGAUUUCGAUCUUCCCCUGCUUCACCCAUCCGAUCAUCGUUCUCGUAAAUUCGACGUCGUCGUCAUCGGUGCUGGCCCAGCCGGCAUUCGCUUGGCAGAGCAAGUGUCGACCUACGGUAUUAAGGUUUGUUGCGUCGAUCCCGACCCGCUUUCUCUGUGGCCCAACAACUAUGGUGUCUGGUUCGACGAGUUUGAGGAGCUGGACCUUCACGAUUGCUUGGACAAAACAUGGUCCAUGGCUUGUGUUUAUAUUGAUGACAGCAGGAUCAAGUACUUGGACCGUUCUUACGGUCGGGUCAGUCGGAAGAAACUGAAGGAGAAACUAAUCGGACGAAGUGUCUCCAACGGGGUUGUGUUUUAUAAAGCGAAGGUAUGGAAAAUUGAAUUCCAAGAGUUUGAAUCUUCGAUUCUAUGUGAUGAUAACACUGAACUCAAAGCUAGUCUAGUUGUCGAUGCAAGUGGGUUUAACAGUGAUUUUAUAGAGUACAACACUAGGCGUAGAAACCACGGAUAUCAAAUUGCUCAUGGGAUUUUGGCUGAAGUGGAAGAACACCCUUUUGAUUUAGACAAGAUGGUUCUAAUGGAUUGGAGAGAUUCCCAUCUCGGCAAUGAGCCAUAUUUGAGAGAGAACAACAAAAAGCUUCCAACUUUCCUAUAUGCAAUGCCAUUUAAUUCCAACCUGAUAUUUCUGGAAGAAACUUCCCUCGUGAGCCGUCCAUUGUUAUCAUACAUGGAAGUGAAGAGAAGGAUGGUGGCCAGGCUGAGACACUUGGGCAUACGAGUGAUUAACGUGUUGGAGGUUGAGAAGUGUUUGAUCCCAAUGGGAGGGCCUCUUCCUAGGGUUCCCCAAAAUGCAAUGGCUUUUGGCGGGAACUCUGGGGUAGUCCAUCCUUCAACAGGGUACAUGGUGGCUCGAACCAUGGGUCUAGCCCCGGUUGUGGCGCGGGCUAUAGUGGAGUGCCUUGGGUCGACCAGGAUGAUCAGGGGGAAGCAGCUUUAUGCUAAGGUUUGGGAUAGUCUUUGGCCAAUUGAGAGAAGAUUCACAAGAGAGUUUUACUGUUUUGGAAUGGAGACGCUAUUGAAGCUGGAUUUGAAUGGAAGUAGGGGUUUCUUUGAUGCUUUUUUUGACUUGAAACCUUGUUACUGGCAAGGGUUUCUCUCCUCAAGGUUGUCUCUGAGGGAAUUAGCUUUCCUUAGCUUAUCUCUGUUUGGACAUGCCUCCAAUCUUUCCAGGUUUGAUAUUAUCACCAAGUGUCCUCUGCCUUUGGCUAGAAUGAUGAGCAAUCUCGCUUUGGAAUCUAUUGGUUGAUGGAAAAAUUAUAAACUACACGUACAUUCAUACCUGUCUUUCUCGUUAUGCUUGGAAGAAUGAUAACAUUUUAUCAAUACUCAGUAAUUUGAUGAUUUAUGUUUA